AUGCCUAUAAAAUCCAGAAAAAUGUCAGUAAUAAGAAGUAAUCAAACAACUGUUACAGAAUUUAUUCUUAUGGGAUUUUCCAGUUACCCUGAGCUUCAGGUACCCCUUUUUGUCAUCUUCCUUCUUAUUUAUACAAUCACACUGAGUGGAAAUGUCCUCAUCAUUCUUGUUACGACUGUGGACCCUGCACUUCAAAAUCCCAUGUAUUUCUUCCUCCGAAAUCUUUCCUCCUUAGAUAUAUGUUUCAAUUCAGUAAUAGUUCCAAAGAUGCUAGCAGAUCUUCUUUUGCGGAAGAAGACCAUUUCAUAUAUAGGCUGUUUCACCCAGUUAUAUUUCUUCUUUUUCUUUGGUACAGUUGAGUGCUGUCUUCUUGCUGCAAUGGCAUAUGACCGCUAUGUUGCCAUUUGCAAUCCAUUACGUUAUCCAGAAAUUAUGAACAGAAAGGCGUGUUUCCAACUAGCUGCUGCAUCAUGGCUUUUAGGCUUCCCUAACUCUACUGUCUCUGCCAUGUUUGUUUUUAGUGUGCCAUAUUGUGGUCCUAAUACAGUUAACCAUUUCUUUUGUGAUAGUCCCCCAGUGCUAGAGUUGUCUUGUGCUGAUACCUACAUGGUUCAAAUUGAAGCUCUCACAGCUACUGUGAUAUUCAUUGUGUUUCCUUUCCUCAUUAUUUUAUUCACCUAUGUCCGCAUCAUCAUUACCAUCUUGAGAAUGCCCUCAGCAGAGGGGAGGCAGAAAGCCUUUUCAACAUGUUCAUCUCAUCUUCUGGUGGUUACUUUAUUUUAUGGCACAGCCACAUCUACCUACUUCAACCCUAAGUCCAAGUACUCUCCAGACACAAAGAAGUUCCUUUCCCUCUCCUACACAGUCAUCACACCCAUGUUAAAUCCUAUUAUCUAUAGUUUGAGAAACAAGGAAGUCAAAGGUGCAAUGAAGAGAAUAUUAUAUCAGAGAAUAUUUGCCCAGAACAAAAUAAAACUUGUUUUGCCAUUGUCAUAA